AUGUAUAGGUCUGAUAAACCACGGCGACCAACGACAGCUAAUUUAUUGGAGCGGGUAAAAUGGCUCAAGAGAGCAGCUAAACCAAAAAAAGUGUUUCGGCCAUUUUUGCCAUUUUUUCGUGAACAAAUAGAAAGUAAGGCUAAAAUGAUAGAAAUAUCUAACCGACUUUCUAAGUUGCCACCUCAUAGAUUACUGAAAAAAAAAAACACCGAGUCUAAGAAUAUAAAUCGACAAAAAUUGAUAACACCUCCAUGGGCUAUAAGGCUAUAUCAACCAAGAAAAGUUAAUUCACAGACUAAAAUGGACAUAGAUUUUAAACCAUUCCAGGUGCGACGCGCAGCUUUGCGACAUAACGCUUCCGAUAGACUUAAAGAACUGGCAAAAAGUCAGCCACGAGAGGAGAAAAAGGACGAAGUAAAAGAAAAUCCAACUCAAGUGAAUCCUAAAUCAUUAAAAUAUAAAUUGACGAAGAGAACCCAAAUGUUGUCUAAACCUAGAGUUAGGAAUUAG